AUGACACCAGCAUCCCGUGUGAAGCCUGGUGUUAUUUGCCUCGGGGGCAAUAAGGUGCUGAUGCAGUUGGGCGUGGCAGGUGCAAGCACGACAAUACUCCUGGGAGCCUGUCUACAUUGGGCCUUGCUCCUCCUACUCCUUGCCAGGCCUGCCCAGCCCUGCCCUGUGGGCUGUGACUGUUUCAGCCAUGAGAUGUUCUGCUCAGACACAAAACUGGCUGCCAUUCCGCCAGACAUCCCACCGUAUGUCACUAAUAUUGUCUUUGUGGAGUCAGCAUUCACUACGCUGGGCACCAGGACCUUCAGUGCCAGCCCCAGCCUGACCAAGGUGGUCUUCCUCAACACACAGCUGCAUCACUUGGAGCCGGAGACCUUCGGGGGGCUGUCCAAGUUGGAAGACCUGGAGAUCACCGGCAGUGCCUUCUCCAGCCUCAGUGCCCGCAUGUUCUCCCACCUGGGCUCACUGGGCAAGUUCACCUUCAGCUUCAACAAGCUGAAGGCCCUGCCUGAUGACCUCUUCUGCCACAUGAGUGCCCUGGAGGUCUUGCAACUAGAGGGCAACCAGCUGCAGACCCUACCCGAGAGGCUCUUCCAGCCACUGAGACACUUGAAGAGUCUCAACCUGGGCCAGAACCUGCUGAUGCGGCUCCCCAAGGGGCUGUUCCAUCCGCUGGUCAGCCUGAGAAGCCUGAGGCUGAGCAACAAUGCCCUCUCGCAUCUGCCACCAGCUUUGUUUGAUGGCCUGGACAACCUGCAGGAGCUCUUCCUGGACGGCAAUGCCAUCUCUGAGCUGGCCCCGGCCAUGUUCUCACGGCUCUUCAGACUGGAGACACUGUUGUUGCAGCACAACGCUCUCAGGCACCUGCCACCAGCCCUCUUCUCCGCCCAGGUCAACCUGACCUUCCUGGACCUGCAAUACAAUACCCUGCGGACGCUGCCCCCUGGCCUCUUUGCCCACACCCCACACCUGGACAGCCUGUUCCUGUCCCACAACCAACUGGAUGCUCUUGCGGAAGACACCUUUGCUAACCUGUCGAGCCUCACUUUCCUCAAGCUGUCCCACAACGUCAUCACCCACCUUCCCGCUAGCAUCUUCAGGGAUUUGCAGAAGCUGGGCAAGCUCUAUCUGGACAGCAAUAACUUAACAACCUUGCACCCGGCCCUCUUCCAGAACCUGUCUAAUAUGGAGCUGCUCAGCCUCUCCAAGAACCAACUGACCACCCUUCCAAAGGGCAUCUUCGACACCAGCUACAACCUUUUCCAUUUGGCCCUGGAUGGUAACCCAUGGCAGUGCGACUGCCACCUGGCUUACCUCUUCCAGUGGCUGCGUCAGUACAGCUACCAGUUCUUCAACAUCCACACUUACUGUGCAGGCCCUGCCUAUCUCCGAGGCCAGAUAGUGCCUACCCUGAAAGAGGAGCAGCUGGUGUGCCCCGUCCUCUGGGACCGCUGGAGGUUCCUGGCUCCAGGGCAGGAUGACAGAGAUCCAAGGGGUGGCUGGGAUCUGACUAUGGAGGGAAAGGAUGUGCAGAGCAGGUGCACUUACAGCAACCCCGAGGGCACCGUAGUGCUAGCCUGUGACAAGGACCACUGCCGCUGGCUGCAGGUGCAGCUGUCCCCCAGGCAGGGCUCCCCAGGGCUGGCAUACAAUGCCAGUCAGGAGUGGGACUUGAGGUCAAGCUGUGGUUCUGUGCGAGUCACUGUGUCCAUCGAGGGUCUGGGGCCCUAG